AGAUAAAUCUAAUAUGAGGAGAACUACACAACUCUCUAUAUUAGAUUAGAUGGCUCUACUUCGGAUGUAACGGAGCCUGAGUGCUAGUUUUUCUUCAAUGCAAUACCUUACUAAAAAAAAUGGCCUUUCCUAAUAAGAACUCCUUUCCUUAUCCUUGUCGAACUCCGUUUCAAAGAUGAGUUCGGCUUCGGCAUGUGUGUUUUUGUUUAAUUUAAAGGACUCGACACAUAAAUUCUAGUUUACCCUGUGAUUCACAUCCUUCAAAUCUGAAGAAGAUCGAGAUACGCUGUUUCAUCAUUAAUUAAUUUAUUGGAUACAAGGUUUCAAACUACUGCUUGCUCUCGUCUCAGAAUUUUCUGUAAGUAGAUGUCUUCUCCAUUUUAAAAUUCAUUAUUAUUUUCAUAAUUGCAUUUAGAUCUGUGAGUUAUGCAUCGAUUCAAUUCCUGAUCUUGCAGAUUUCUAAUUUUUUCGCUGACUAAUUUGAUGUUCUACAAUUGAAAAAAGUUGGGUCUUUUAUUUGUUAAAUUUUAUCCGAAAUCUGAUCAAACUUCAUUCAACAACUCUGUAUUCCUAAGUUUUCUAGCUAGAUGACAUCAGAUUGGGUGAGUGUGUGCCUGCUCGUUUUUUCCUUCUUAAAGUUUCCAUCUUUUGUCAGUAAAAAAGGAUGAUGAUUCCGGGUUUUCCAAUGUCUCCUCAAAACAGGGCCCUGGAUUUAGAGAUUUCAAUUGGUAAAUGUUUAUACGAGGUUCCUUUUCUGCACUGGCUGUAUAGUUAUUUUAUUAUAGGUUGACCUUGUCCAUUGCUCACUGAUUUCAUGAUUAGAGUCAGUUGUAAGGAAAACGAUUCUGUGUUUUGCUCUUCAUUGCGUGCUUUUUGGUGAAUUUGAUUGAUUCAGUAUCAGAAAUUAUGUUCGAACAAUUCGACUUGAAACAAAAAUCAAACCUUUCCAUACAUGAAAUUUCUUGUUACAGCGGAUAUAUACCAAGGCUGUUUUAGCACUGUUUUACCCAGAGAUUUCCAUCUCUGGUUUGCCAUAUUGGCUGGAUACCGGUAGUAUUGGUCAAUCUCACUAUCUUAUGACCAGUACAGACAAUUAGGUAUGCUUGGUGAUGUGCUGGUUUAUCUAAAUAGUAGUUGUAGUAAUAUGUAAUAGUUUGCCAAGGAAGUUUGCUCAAUCUUCAUAUCUAUAAAUAUGAAUGGAUGUUUUAACAAUAUGCUCUGAUAGAAAGUAAAAAAAGUAAAUUUGUCAGGGUGGCCUAAUGUUGUAGUUUCGGUACCAGACAGUACUGGCCCAUAUAUCAACGCAAAUACUGAGAACCAUUGGUUCGUAUGCAUGUUGUUUGGUUAUGGAUGGAGACAUACCUCUGUGCAACAUUAUUUUCAUCCUGUGUUGCAACGAUACGGAUACGGUAUCCGAUACAGGAUACCAAUACGUUACUAGGAUACACCAACAAAAAAAUGGUAAUACGGCGAUACGGAAUACUCAAUAUUAAUCUGUAGUCUUAAAAUAUAUAUAUAUCAUAUAUGAGAUAGAAACAUAACAAAAUACAUACAUCUGUUUGCAUGAUCAAGAGGUAAUCAGAUAAGUGUUGAGAUUAAGAGGAGGAGGAGGAGAAAGUUUGGGAUAAGUAUUGACUGGAGGGGCUGAUGACAGCUGGUGAUAAAUAUCUAACUUUUAUUAGUAUUAAAGAAAUAUAUGGACAGUUGUUGCUUCUUAUCCAACUUUUGGUAUUUUAACUGAAAAAAAGGAUUAUACAGUUGGUAUUGGCCGUAUUGGACGUAUUGGAUACACGUAUCCAUACAAUACGUAUUGAUACGCCAAAAAAAAGAAGUUUUGACGUAUUGUUGCAACACAGUUUUCAUCUAGUUUAUUCAUAGUGCAAAAUUGUUGGAUGGACUGUUCAUCAUUCUCAAAAGAGAUCCUUUGUUGUUGUUGUUAGGGGAUUACUGCAAUUUUCACCGUCUAAGAAGCCUAGACUAACUUCCAACAGGCAAGGAGACAUCAAAAGUGUUUUGCACGCAAUAGUCGUGUAAGAAACGUGGAAUAUCCAUCAAGAACUGUCUCCAUCAACAGGUGAAUACUAGAUUGCGGCCAAGAACAUAUAUAUUGUCUCAACCACGAGCCAAGCCCAGGCCACUAGAUUGCUCAACUUUAUUUUUCUUAUAAGGAGGUCAAAUCAACCGGUGGUUACAUUCUGCAAACUUUUUAACUCAAGACUUCUGACAACUCAAAGACUUACUGUAGUGAUGCAAACCAUUGAGCCUUCUGCUCAUUUGCGUUCUCAAAUAAGUUCUUAUGAGGAAUUCUUAUCUACCAAAACGAAAUAGUCUCAGGAAAAACAACGAACAAGAUUAUUGCAGAACAUUUACCAAUUGAUUUAGUAAUUGAGAUCUUGUGUCGGUUACCCAUAAAGAAUUUGACCGUGUUCAAGUGUGUAUCGAAAUCCUGGAACAGACCUAUUUCUGACAUCUGUAUUCCUAGAGUUUUUGCAGAAGCUUGUGUCCUUAACUUAUAUAGAGGAUUUCUUAGAAAAAUUUGUGACUCGCGGUAUAUAUCUGAUAAAAAGCCUGAGGUAAAUUAUGUUGGUUCCAUUCCGAAAGAUAAAGAUAAGUGCGAUAUUUAUCAUGAGAUCGACUGUUGUAAAUGCUGCCGGCCAGAUUAUGCUUGUCCAUAUGUUGUGGUUAGUUUAGAAACAAAUCAGUGUUUUCAUAUCCCUGAACCUCUGGAACAUGUUGAAAGUAAUUAUGCUGCACUAAUCUUUGAUCCAGUCCAAUCUAAUGAUUACAAAGUUGUUUUGCCUCAUUCUCACCUUGAAUGUCCAAUGUUGGACAUGUUUUCCUCGGAACAUGGUAAGUGGGUUAGGCACCUAGUACCAGGAGAUUGGGUGAAGUAUCCGAAUCUAAUGCUCCCUACUAUCGAGGGGUUAAAUGGGCUAAGAAGGCUGUACACUUGGAUGGGAUGUUAUACAUGUUACCUGAGAAAAAGUAUCUUGUUCAGUUCGACCUCAAAUCAGCAGCAGUGUCAGCUCAAGUCAUAGAACUUCCAUGCCCAGGCUAUAAGACUGGAUUGAUUGGAAAUUCUAGAGGUGUUCUGUAUUAUUUGAAUUACGACGAGGAAUUUAGAUUAUCAAUGUGGCAGUUUGAUUAUCAUGGCACAAGUGGAAGUUUUUGGGAGUUGAAGCACUGCAUCUGCAUUGAUGACUUGUUGGAUACAAAUCAAGCUAUCUGGCAUACAUUGCAUGUGCCUGAACCCCUGCCUUGUCGUCUAUUUGAGCCAUAUGGUGUUCACCCACUAUCUGACAUUAUUUUUCUUGGAUUACAAGGAAGGGUGUACAGUUAUCACCUUGGAAGUCAUAAGUGCGAACUUGUAUGGAAGCCAGAAAGAGUUCUUAGUUGGAGCAAUGCUUUUAUUUAUGCUUUCUCAUAUAGUUAUGUUAAUGUGAAAGAUUUUCGCAAGGCAGAUCAUGGUCUCCUGUCUUUAACGAGUAUAACAAAUGAUACGAAAGAGGAAAAUGCAUCUCAUGAUGACACAGCAGAUCAUCUUCGGAGAUGAUCAAAAUAUAUGAACAAGAAUACCUAUCUGAUGAUUGGUUCGGCCAAGAAGUAUCUGAAGAUGACAGGACAGGUCAGCUUGCAGGUGAUUGUAAUAAUCGAAAACGCAGCGAUUGCGGGGGUUUGAUUUCAAGUCUUUGAUGAGUUCAGCACCCAAUCUUAUUAGAGCAGUAUUAUUAUGUGCUUGUGUUUUUCUUUUUCUUUUUUCAUAACAAUCCUUCUUAUGGAGCUUCUUAAAACUGUCUUUGGUUUAUGGUAAAAUAAAUACAGAGUAGUUUAUCGUCUA